AUGCGAGUUACCAUUCGCAACUACCAGCCCGUGGGUUAUUGGGGUAAGUGUCCAUCUCAUCUUUCAAGAGAGCAGGAGCGAUCCUGACAUUCGCAGUCCCCCUCCUCACUCGCCUCGCCCCCCGCACCCCCUCGCAUACAGUCUGGGACGUCAAGGAUCCAGACGACGUGUGUGGCAUUUGCCAAAACGCCUUUGACGGAGUGUGCGGCGGGAGCUGCAAAGAGCCGGGAGAUGCUUGUCCGCUGCGUGAGCUGCGUCCGCUUCCUCACUCUUUUCGCAAUGCCUGUGGGCGCUAAAGCAGAGUCUCGAUCUCCCUCCCCCUUUCACAGUAUUUGGAACGUGCACGCACGUAUUUCACAUGCAUUGCAUUCUCAAGUGGCUCGAGCCGAUGAGGGAGAGGGGCGAGGAAGGUGCAUGUCCGAUGUGCAAGAGGCCUUGGGGUGAGUGCGGAGGGGGUGCAAAGAGCAUGCAGUGCAGGACUGCACGAGAGGAAAAGCGCAUACUACCGCAAAGAUCUUCGCUGCUCGCACGCUCAAAAUGCAUCUUUCCCUCCGCAGUCGAGCAAGUUCAAGAAGGAGCAUCAAACAAGGCUGCCGAUGGUACCGAUGUGGCAGCCUAG